GAGGUGCUCAACUGCCAGCGUACCACGAAAGGGGCCGGGAAAAAAAAAUCAAUAAAAGCAUCCUCACACGCGUACGCGGGUCCUCGGUGCGGUUCCUCCCGGCGACCACGAAGACGAACACACGGAGGCAAGUCAGCGAUGAAUCCCUUCGCGAAGAAGCCAACGCCGCGAGAGGUGAUGCGGAGCAGCAAGCGAGACCUGACGAAUGCCACGCGAGGGAUUGAGAGGGAUAUCACGUCAUUACAACAAGAGGAGAAGAAGCUAGUUGCUGAAAUUAAAAGGACAGCAAAAACUGGCAAUGAGGCAGCAACAAAAAUUCUAGCCCGUCAGCUGAUCAGGUUAAGGCAGCAGAUUUCUAAUUUGCAAGGUAGCCGAGCUCAGAUUCGAGGGAUUGCAACACAUACUCAGGCAAUGCAUGCCAACACUUCAGUGGCUACUGGUUUACAAAGUGCAAGCAAAGCAAUGGGAGCUCUUAAUAAGCAAAUGGCACCUGAAAAGCAGAUGAAUAUAAUGAAAGAAUUCCAAAAGCAGUCAGCACAAAUGGAUAUGACAAAUGAGAUGAUGUCUGAUUCAAUUGACGACGUCUUAGACGAUGAUCAGGCUGAGGAAGAGACUGAAGAACUUGCUAAUCAGGUUCUGGAUGAGAUUGGUGUUGACAUUGCCUCACAGUUGUCCUCAGCUCCUAAAGGAAAAAUUGCCGGAAAGAAGGUUCAGGUUGAUGAAAGUUCAGAGCUGGAGGAACUAGAGAAAAGGCUGGCUGCUUUAAAAAAUCCAUAGGAGGGUACCUGUUUGCAUCCUUCUCUCUACGCAGAGUCCAUAUCCUCGUUAGACAUUCAUAAGGCAUUGUGAUUUUGUAAAUAUUGGAUGGAAGAUGAUCCCAGCCCCAAGUUUCUCGAUGAAUCGAUGAGCUGCCACACAGCCAUACUUGCUAUCUUGCAGAAGAUGGGGCUGUGGAGCGUUAACGGUGACAUGAUACUUGAUUCAGAGCAACUUAUGUAAUCGUGUAAAGGAAAUUCGAAAUUUUACAUCUUCGCCUUUUGUUUCUGAUCAUUCAACAUGAUGGCAUUUUGUUUUUGAUAGUGUAAAGAAGUAGAACCUCACAACAAUGAUUGCUCGAGUUUUUUAAGCGUCAAAAUGUAACUUAUUAGCGGUUGACCUCGACAGAGUUUUUUGUUUCA